GUUCGUCCAAUUUCCAGUGAGGAGUUUCCUUUUUUUGUUUUAUUUUUAUUUUUAUUUUACCUUACUUUCUCUUUUGUUGAUCUGUUUAUGGAUGAUGUAAAUGAGGUUCAUUUGGGAGAAAAAGGAGAUGGGAAAGAAGAUUUUGAAGAAUUUGCCCAACCCAAUAACGCUGCAAAGUCUUCAAUCACGACUGCAAUUCAAAGGUGAUGACCUCCGAUUUGCUAUUUUGAAGAAGACGAUGCAACGUGGAUUUAAAUCAUUAAUGAAGUCCUCACACUUUAUAAGAGUUUCACACAAGUCCUAAGUUUUUUUGUUUGAAAUGGUCCAUGUGAUAGAUUUGUAGUAAAUUGGUAAUGUUUAAUAAAAAUUUAUUUAUUUA